GCUAGUGAAUAGUACGGUCAUAGUCCAUACGGGGUUUCUCUUAGUUUUCUUGUUUCACUUUCGUUUGCGCGGUACGAUUUUCGUUCCGGAUCAAAAAUAAAAAAAAACGCGUGCGGAAUUCCUACCGGGAUUUCUCGACUCGACGUGAGUCGACUUGUAGGAGAGUGUGUGAUGUAUUGUGGAGUAAGUGAUAAGAUCGACUAUUUCCCUAUUGGAUUAAGAAGAGAAUCCCUACUGGAUCAAAGCGUUUGGGUAAUCGAUCGCGUGUUUUCGUAUCUCUAAUUGAUCGCUAUCAAGUAGGUACUGCAAGAUCAUUUGUACAAAACGAUUGGUUCCUUAGCGUGUUUUGUUUUAUGUUUUUCUACUUCUUCUGUGGCUUUGAGGGAGGAGCAGAAGCGAGCUGAUCAUCGACUGACGAUCACUCAAGCGUGUGGAAAGUGACGGGCUGCUCAAAAAUUGUGUACGAUUUGUUACUUUGCUGGAACGCGGUGUGGAUCGUAUGGGAAAAUAGCCUCAUCGCGUGUUGUUGUCGAGAGUAAAAGUGAUUAAGAUCUACCUCUAAUCGUCGUCGUUGGGUCCCUUCAAAAUUGAUCGAGUCGAUUCGAGGAAGUCCACAAGAUUAUGCGGCAACUGUUAGUCCCCAAACAACUGGCUGAGAUCUUCAAGCUUCUGGGGUAGUGUGAACGACGAAGGUUGGAAUAAAAUGUGAAAAUUACCUUCGCAGCGGACGACCCUUCCGAGCUGGUUCGGUAUUCAAAUUCCGACACGAGAGUGGCAUGAUUUAUGGGACCCGCGCAUUGUGACAUUUCCUCAAACGAGCGUUUCUCCCCAAAGUGUUGAUGAAAUCCCGCCAGGGUGAAAGGGGUUAUCUAUUUCCGAAUUCCUAAUUGAGUUGCGGAAUGCCGCCAGUUUGACAGUGAACCGAUCUUCGAUCCGCAAUCCGAUCAGAUCGGAAUGGAAUGAAUCGACAACUUGUGAUCUUUUGUAAGAUUUUGUAGAAGUAGUGAAGAUUUGAUGUGAUUCUGUAGUUCCCCUAUUUGUGUUGUGUCAAUACCGUAUCUGGAUACCUUGGAUAUUGGUGAUUUGUGUGAAGUUGCGGAACACGUCAAUCGUUGUUUGGAGUUUUGAUUAAUUGCAGCUGAAACCGAGACGACAACAAACCGCCACCAUGUGCAGCAAAAACAGCUUCGAGGUUUUGAUGGAGAAAAUUAAUACGGGUAUUCCGACGUGCCCGAUUAAUUUGUCCACGCUUCGCAACCGGCUACCGGAACUCGGUAACUGGAGCCUGCCGCACAUAUGCAAAGAAGCUGUCAACGGCAACAACAACAACAACAAUAACACCGACAAUAACAGCAGCAACCCAAACGCAGCCGGAUCAGACCAUCAUCACAUCCAGCACCACAUCACCAGCAACGGGAACUACGGGAACAAUCUCACGACGGCAGCGGCGGAUUCCUUCUAUCAGCCCCAGUCGCUAGGGGCCCUGUCCAGUGUGACGGCAUCGACGACCUUGACGAGUGGAUGCGGUGGAUCGGCGACAUCUAACGGUGGCACCCCGACGCCUACAACCACCACACAGCAACCAUUGCCGCAGCACCAUUUCAACCUAGCUGUGCACCAGCAACAGCAACAGCAGCAGCACAACCACCAGACUAGCUUGCACAAAUUCUACAAGGCACACAAAAAGAUGCCCGGCUUUCGGGGCCGCCGAGGGUGGUGCGGGUGUUUGCAGGACGAUGAACCGCCCGAAAUCUGCGUGGUCGAGGGAGUUUUUUCCCUGCAAACGCUCACCCCCACCCAACCGAUGCCGGCCAUCGACGAGCUGGACAGCAAGUUCGCCGAACUGGUUGAGGAACUGGAUCUCACGGCCCCCAAUAAAGCGGCCAUGCUUAGUCUGCCGCCGCAGAAGAAGUGGCAAAUCUACUGCUCCCGGAAGAGUCCCCUGGAUGCUGCGACCGGUCCGAACGGGGCACCCCUUCCGGGAGCAACUCUUCCACCGACACCGGAACACUACAUCGAACGACUGAAGGAUAUGGCGGUGCAGCUGAAGGCCUCGUCACCGGAUGAAUCUCCGACGCACGAGUACAGUCCGAAGAUCGAAUCACACACGGCGUUGUUCGAUGCGCUGAAGACGGCUCUACGGACUUCGGCCCAUAGUUUUGUGAUCCGGUUCAUUGAGCUGCAGGGACUGCCGGCUCUGCUGGAACUGCUACAGGCACUCGAUAUUCGGGUGGCCAAUAGUCCCCUCCACACUAGUCUCAUCGGGUGCAUCAAGGCGUUGAUGAACAACUCGACGGGUCGUUCUCACGUGCUGGCCCAUCCCACCGGAAUCGAUACCAUCGCGAGGUCACUGGCAGCGGACAACAUCAAAACCAAAAUCGCAGCUCUGGAAAUCCUCGGAGCGGUGUGUUUGGUUCCCGGAGGUCACAAGAAGGUUCUGACGGCGAUGCUGAAUUAUCAGGAAUACGCUGCAGAGCGGGCGCGAUUUCAGGGUAUCGUAAAUGAUCUGGACAAAUCGACCGGAGCCUAUCGGGACGACGUGAAUCUCAAAACGGCGAUUAUGUCGUUUAUCAACGCCGUCUUGAACUAUGGACCGGGACAGGAGAAUUUGGAGUUCCGACUUCAUCUGAGGUAUGAAUUCCUCAUGUUGGGCAUUCAACCGGUGAUCGAUAAGCUGAGGAAGCACGAGAAUGAGACGUUAAAUCGGCAUCUGGACUUCUUCGAGAUGGUAAGAAACGAAGACGAGAAGGAGUUGGCGCGGAAGUUCAACCAUGAACAUGUGGAUACGAAGAGUGCUACGGCAAUGUUUGAACUCCUCCGAAGGAAGUUGAGCCAUUCAACGGCCUACCCUCAUUUGUUGAGUUUGCUGGAGCACAUGCUUUUGCUACCGGGAGGCGGUGCCAAUGCCCAACACUGGUUGAUGUUCGAUCGGAUAGUUCAGCAGAUCGUUCUUCAGCAGGAAGAACGACCCUCGAGCGAAAUUGAUCCCGAUCACCAGGACAAAACGUCAGAGUCUUCCAUGAAACUGCAAGACCCAGACAUCGCCCCACUUCAGAUAGAAGUUAAGAAAAUAGUCAAACUGCUCGUUAAAGAGGAAGAACUAGUCGCCGCUCGAACACGAGCCGAUGAUCUGGAAAAGGAAAACACAGAAAUUACAGCCAAGCUAGCCAAAAAGGAACAAGAACUGGACCAACGGACGCAAGAGAAGGAAGACAUGGAAACUUCACUGGCUCGAAUGCGCGAAAGACUGGAAAAGGAGAGCGCAAACCAUUCGCAAGCCGUCCAACGGGCUGUCAACGCCGAAAUGCGUAUCGAAGACCUGCAGCAUCGAUUCCUGAGCGAACAGCAGGAACGGAUACGCUUGGAACGACUUGUUACCGAAGGUAGCAUACCGGACGAUCAGAAGGUUGCCGGCCUACAGGGAUGCAAUGGAGCCGUAUCGCCACCUCCUCCACCACCUCCAAGCAAACUUCCACCUCCGCCACCUCCACCGAUGAUGAUGAUGGCUGCUCCACCUCCUCCGCCCGCUCCCGGUGGCAUUCCGAAACCAUUCGCCAAUCCCAACCUCGCCAACAAUCAUCCCGCACCCCCGAAAAUGGAAGCCCCCAAGAAGAAUGUCCCCCAGUCGGCCAACCCGUUGAAGAGCUUCAACUGGUCCAAGCUGCCCGACUCGAAGCUACAGGGAACGGUCUGGAGCGAGCUGGACGAUAGCAAGUGGUACAACACCAUCGAGAUGGAGUCGAUCGACAAACUGUUCUCGGCCUACCAGAAGAAUGGCGUCGCGUAUAAUUUUUCGUUCCAGAACGAGGGUUCGAUUGAGGACCUGCGGCUCAUCGGCAAACAGAAGACGAAGAUCCUCUCGGUGAUCGAGGGACGGCGGGCCCAGAACUGUACCAUCCUGCUGAGCAAGCUCAAGAUGAGCGACGAGGAGAUUUCCAAAGCGAUCCUAUCAAUGGACUCAAACGAACAGCUUCCGAUCGAUAUGGUUGAACAGCUGCUGAAGUUCACACCCUCGGCUGAAGAACGCGCCCUUCUCGACGAACAUUCCGAAGAUAUCGAUUCCCUGGCCCGGGCUGAUCGGUUUCUGUACGAGAUUUCCAAAAUUCCUCACAACGAGCAACGGCUUCGUAGUCUACACUACAAGAAACGGUUCCUGCUGACAGUCAACGACCUGUCGCCGAGGAUCGCCAGCGUUAUGGAAGCCUCCCGGGAAGUCGCGAGAUCUCGACGACUACGAAAACUCCUGGAACUGGUUCUAGCCCUCGGUAACUACAUGAACCGGGGAGCUCGAGGCAACGCGUCCGGUUUCCGGCUAUCGUCCCUCAAUCGGCUAGCCGAUACCAAGAGCAGUGCCGUCAAAGGAACCACCCUGCUGCACUACCUGGUGCAGAUCGUCGAGAAGAAGUUCAAGGACAUUCUGCUCCUGGAGGAUGAUUUGCCUCACGUUAAGGAGGCGUCGAAGGUUUCGCUCGGUGAAAUGGAGAAGGACAUCUCGAUGCUGCGGGCUGGAUUGGCGGAAGUGAAUCGUGAGAUCGAGUUCCACCGAAGUAGUGGGGCACAGCAGCCUGGUGACCGGUUCCUGCCGGUGAUGCGUGAAUUCCACGCCCAAGCGUCGGUGCGGUUUUCCGAACUGGAAGAUCAGUUCCAAGAUAUGAAGACUAGAUUUGACCGAGCAGUUCGGCUGUUUGGGGAAGAUGGAGCAGUUGUUCAACCCGAUGAGUUCUUCGGAAUCUUCGACGGGUUCCUGACGGCGCUUAUCGAAGCCAAGCAGGACAACGAGAACUUCCGCAAGCGGCAGGAGGAAGAGGAUCGGCGGGCUAAGCAGGAAGCUGAGCUGAAGAAACGGACCAUCGAGCGCAAAUCGAAGGAGGGUCUACUGAACUCGGUUGCGAAGAAUCUCGGCCUCACCAAGGGUUCGAAAUCGUCCAACGGAACCGGUAGCGGUGGAAGCAACGGAAACCACGACGGUGGCUCAUCCGGCGGCAACGAUCCCAACAACAAGGGUGAGUUUGACGAUCUAAUCAGUGCGUUGCGGACGGGAGACGUGUUCGGUGAGGAUAUGGCUAAAUUCAAGCGAUCGCGCAAAACUCGGCUGAGCCCCAGCAACAACAAUGGGACAAGCAAUACUUCCCCACCGAGGAGCCGGAACAGCGUGGGCCGAGAGGACAGCCGGGAACGGACCGUUGUCGUGACUGGUGGGAACAACAACCGGCGGAAUCAGUGAAUCGAUCUGAGGGAGGAAGAAAUCAAGCCAACGAUGACGUACUGAAAUUUCAAGUGUAUGGUUAGGAAAAUUUUCUUUUCGAAAAAUUUUGUUAAUGUUUGGCUAAGAGAGACCAAAAAUUUAAAUCUUACUGUGAGUAAAGCUCAAAUUGUGAAACCCGAAAAGUAAUUGGAUCGUUUACAAGUGAUUGUAGCAAUGUAAGGAAACGCUUUACAACAAAAUAAUCUCUGAAGAAUUUGGAAAAAAGUAAUCCAAUGAAUGUAUAGAAAAUUAUGAAACCGUAAAAUAAUUGUGGUUAUAAGAGAAUCUCUGGGCAGACUGUUAGAAAUCGACAACUUUAAACAGGUCACCACCGCCAGAUGUCGUCACGCUGAGUGUCGAGUGUCGCUUUUUUUGGAAUGAGAUUUAUCCCUUUUAAGCGGGCCACAGACUACACAACAUUUGUACAAAUGCGAUGAAAUUCGAUAAAAUUCGAUGAAAUUUUGUCGCUGUGAGCACGAUUUGCAUAGUGUAUGGCACUGCUUGAAUGAGCGCCCAAACGGUUGGAGUAAAAUCGGUCGGGAUCGAAAUAUUUUGUACAAAACAUUCUCCCAGCCGGGGUGGAGAUGGUUUUUUUUGUUGCUAUUGCUGUUUUCGCCAGCAAUCAUUUGUGUUCGCGUGAAAUAAGUUUGUAUAGUGUGUGGGCGAGCAUAGAUCAAACAAUCGACGCGGAAUCAUCGAAUUUGUACAGGCCAAUUUGUGUAGUCUAUGGCCCGCUUUAGACUGUCCCCCUUCGAUUAUUCGGUGGCAAAAUAUGGGCAAUUUUACACGUAAUAUUGUAGUCAAGAGCACUGUGUAGUAGGUAUUAGAUAUAACAGAUGAUAACAGAAACGCCACCAAUCAUAGGAAUUUUAUUGUUAUUGUAGAAGGAAUAGCGUAAGUCACUUCCUAAGUCAGGUUCUCACUCAAUGAUGACCUGUGCUUAAGCUUUCGAUUUUGUUUUUCUUUCCCUGACGUUAAUCGCCAACUUCCUACAAAGCCUUCGGCUUAGUUCUACUAACAUGUUGCAAUUUUCGACUUCUAAGUCAAGCCGAUGAUCACCAUAACGCAGAAAGUAUUCUCCUUAGUUACCAUAUCCAUAUAACCAGAAAUCGGAGAAGACCCCGGAGAUUGAUUGUAGAAAUUGUAAAAUUUUCGUCCCCCGUUUUUACUACCUGUUAUGUGUAUAAUCUAGGACUUACUCUUAGCAUCUUAGGUUUGUUCGAAACGCGCGCGCACGUUCGGAAAAAGAGAGCAAAAUCUGUAUUUAUUCAACAUUAACGUUCUUUCUCCUUUUACCUCUCGGUAGCGUUAUAGCAGCAGCUAACAGCAUAUUCUAACAACUACCUAUGAAAAACCUCGUAAUAUCAUUUCUAGUGCUUUUAUCGGAAUUCCCCGAAUCCCCAACCCAAGCAUAUCUUUACUUUUACGUACCAAUGUAUGUUAAAUGAGUUAUUCUUUCUGCUACUCCACAGGGAAUAGUUUGUGCAAAAUUUCUGUUGUCUAUAAAUCAAUUGAUCGGUUGGUUAUCAAUUGGUUUCAUUCAUUAGUACCUAGUUCGUGAUUAGUGAUAUAGGUUUUUUUUAGCAAGGUGUCUUCCACCGUAAUUGGCCGGAAAAUUCACAAAACUCACGCACUAAUUCGAUAUGAAAAACGGGACAUUUUUUUAAAUUUCUGUAUAUAAUCACCCACAUACACGAAAUGCACAGCCACUAGAAUUUUCAGUAAUCGAUAAUCGAUAUACAAAAAUAAAUAUACAUAUUAAAACAUAUAUUAUACACUCACUCACACAACAGAUCGAUGGAAAGAUUGGGAUAAUGAUAGUCGUGUUUUUAAGAAAGUAUUUACGCCCGCUAGGUAAAACGGUAGUCUAGUAAAAUGGAAAUUUUUAAACUCAAAGUAAAAUAUGAGCAACAGCUGAAAAGUUUUAAAAGAAGUAGAUUCGAAGAAGUCGUUUAGUUUGAGAAAGAGACCACCAAGUUUCAGUUGUCGCGACUUCCAUUUGUUCGUCCCUUUUUCCCUCAUAGAACGAUUCCAGAGUAUGAAACAAUACAACCACUUUACAUAACAGAUAAAAAAAACUUAUAAAACAGAACUCUAAAUGUUGCUUUGGCAAAAAAUGGAAGGUUUUCCAAUAACUGUUGUUUUUGAAAAAAAAACCCGAACCGAUACAAUAAAAUGAUAACCAACACAAAUGCACAAACUAGAAAAACAAGCAAGUAGUUAACCCAAAAUGUAAAAUGUUUUAAGUUUAACAAGAGAAAAAAAAAACAAACAAACAAACAAAUCUCACUGGUAAGGUAGUAUAGAUGUUUGAAAAAAAGAAUGAACAAAAUGCCAACAACCACAACAUCAACCAACGACUUUUAGAGUGACCUGCCAACAAGCACGCUGAGGUGAUCGAACUUUUUCAUCAUACACACAGCAAAGUGUGUCGCGUUGAAGCGCGGAAGCGUGCGACCUCCCGCAAAAUUUGCUAUGAUACCAUUUUACAAUAACUACCGAAUAGAAACGAAUGAUCGAAAAAGUCCAAUACAAUUGAUGAAGGAUGAAAAAUAAAA